CGCCAUUCCCACCCCCUCAACACAAGCCCCACAACUCCACCCCACCCUUUUAACGCACUGUCUCCCACCCCCUCAAUAAACUCUUCCCCUUCCCAACACGCGUGCCCUGCCCCUUCCAGACGCCCCCCCUCAACAUUCUCCCCUUACCCCCUUCAAUACACGUCCCCCACCCCAUCUAUUUCCCAGCCAGUGCUGCUCCUCCAUCUCCCCCCCCCGCCCCCCUUCCUAUUUCCAAGCUCAAGCCAGUGCUGCUCCUCCAUCCAUCCCUCCCUCCCGCAUUCACAAUGUGGCGCUGAAGCCGGACCUCGGGGCUCGAUCUCACUUUGCAGGGGGGGAGGAGGUAUCCCAAGCUUUCGUUCUGCCCCGGGGUCCGAGAGAGAAGGGGCAGGAAGAGGUGGAUGUGGAGGGUCCGGGCUGGUGAAGUCGUGCCAGGAAGAUUUCUUCCCUCCAGCCACUUUCUUUGCAGCGGGAUUAUCCACCAGGAUUCUCUCCACCAGACUUCAAUCAAAGGAUUGUUAAAGUGAAUGAACAUGGAAACCAGUCAUCGAUCAAACACUGGAAUUUUUUUCGGAUAAUGCAGUCUGUUUACUGAUCAACUCUUACUGGAGGAAUUGCAUCUUCUGGAGUCCAACAUUUGCCUGGAUUAUUGCAGCUUUCUUUUGAACCAAGAUUUUGCAUUUAAGGAUUUUUAAAAAUGGGUGACAUGAAUAAUGCAGUAAAGUACCUUCCAAGCAAAACAACAGAUGAUCGCCAAAGUCAAUCGUGUUUUGACUGUACUCUUGACGAGCUCCGUGAUCUUAUGGAACUGCGAUCUAUGGAUGCUGUACAGAAAAUAGAAGAGUGUUAUGGAAAUAUGCAAGUAUUUUGUGCAAAGUUGAAAACCUCACCUGUAGAAGGGUUAUCUGGUGAUCCUGCAGAUCUCAGCAGAAGGCAUCAAGCUUUUGGGGAAAAUUUUAUACCACCUAAAAAACCAAAAACUUUUCUUCAGCUAGUAUGGGAAGCUCUACAAGACGUCACCUUAAUUAUUUUAGAAAUUGCAGCCAUAAUAUCGCUAGGCCUUUCUUUCUAUAAUCCUCCUGGAGGGAAGAAUGCAGCUUGUGGUAAAGUUACACAUGAUCAUGAUGAUGACCAUGAAUCGCAAGCUGGUUGGAUCGAAGGAGUUGCCAUUCUUGUUUCUGUUAUUUGUGUGGUGCUGGUUACAGCUUUCAAUGACUGGAGUAAGGAAAAACAAUUUAGAGGUCUACAAAACAGGAUAGAGCAGGAGCAGAAAUUCUCAGUGAUAAGAGGUGGCCAAGUUAUCCAGAUACCUGUGGCAGAACUGGUGGUUGGUGACAUUGCUCAAAUUAAAUAUGGUGACCUCUUACCUGCUGAUGGUAUACUUAUUCAUGGAAAUGAUCUAAAGAUAGAUGAAAGCUCGCUUACUGGAGAGUCUGACCAUGUGAAGAAACGCCUAGACAGAGACCCGAUGCUGUUGUCUGGUACCCAUGUAAUGGAAGGAUCCGGGCGAAUGGUGGUCACAGCAGUUGGUGUGAACUCUCAAACUGGAAUCAUUGUCACCUUGCUAGGGAGUGGAGACGAGGAAGAGAAGAAAAAUAAAAAGCAAGACCGAACGGUGGAAAAUCGAAACAAAGCUAAAGCUCAGGAUGGGGCAGCUAUGGAAAUGCAGCCUUUGAAAAGUGAUGAAACGUGUGAUAAUGGAAGUGAAAAAAGUAAAAAAAAUCUACCCAAAAAAGAGAAGUCUGUACUUCAAGGAAAGCUAACAAAACUGGCAGUUCAAAUAGGGAAAGCUGGAUUGGUGAUGUCUGCUAUGACCGUUAUAAUUCUUGUUCUGUUUUUUGUGAUUGAUACGUUUUGGAUUCAGCACGUCCCUUGGUUGACUGAGUGCACACCAAUUUACAUCCAGUAUUUAGUAAAAUUUUUCAUAAUUGGUGUUACUGUCCUGGUUGUGGCAGUACCAGAAGGUCUCCCCCUUGCAGUUACUAUCUCUCUGGCAUAUUCAGUAAAGAAAAUGAUGAAAGAUAAUAACUUGGUCAGACAUCUGGAUGCCUGUGAAACCAUGGGGAAUGCAACAGCUAUAUGUUCAGACAAAACUGGUACCCUUACAAUGAACAGAAUGACCGUGGUUCAAGCACAUAUUGCGGGCGAAUACCACAAGACAAUUCCAAAUCCAGAGACUCUUCCUGAAAAUGUUUUGGACAAGCUUAUUGUAGGAAUAGCUGUGAACUCUGCUUAUACUACCAAGAUACUGCCAUCCGAGAAAGAAGGUGGCUUGCCACGUCACAUUGGCAAUAAGACGGAAUGUGCCUUGUUACAAUUUGUAUUGCAAUUGAAGAAAGACUACCAGAUAAUUCGAAAUGAAGUUCCAGAAGAGAAAAUGUUCAAAGUCUAUACCUUCAAUUCUGCACGGAAAUCCAUGAGUACAGUGCUGAAGAAUCCUGAUGGUGGUUUUCAAAUGUUCAGCAAGGGUGCCUCUGAAAUUGUACUUAAAAAAUGUUCUAAAAUUCUCGAUGAAAUGGGUGAAGUCAAAGCUUUAAAGUCCCACGAACGUGACAAUUUAAUUAAGGAUGUAAUAGAACCAAUGGCCUCUGAGGGAUUGCGCACCAUCUGCUUAGCAUUUAGAGAAUUUGACGAUUCUCCUACGGAUUGGGAUAACGAAAAUGAUAUACUUUCUGGCCUCACUUGUAUUGCUGUAGUUGGCAUUGAAGAUCCCGUAAGACCAGAGGUUCCAGAUGCCAUUAAGCAAUGCCAGAGUGCUGGUAUCACAGUGCGGAUGGUUACCGGUGACAACAUUAACACGGCUCGUGCAAUUGCUACAAAAUGCGGCAUUUUACAAGCGGGCGAUGACUUUCUGUGUUUGGAGGGUAAACAGUUCAACAAACGCAUUCGCAAUGCAAAAGGAGAGAUUGAGCAAGAACGGAUAGACAGAAUCUGGCCCAGGCUGCGUGUCCUUGCAAGAUCAUCACCCACCGAUAAACAUACUUUAGUCAAAGGCAUUAUUGAUAGUACUGUGAUGGAACGAAGGCAGGUUGUAGCAGUCACAGGUGAUGGUACUAAUGAUGGGCCAGCGUUGAAAAAAGCUGAUGUUGGAUUUGCCAUGGGUAUUGCUGGAACAGAUGUGGCCAAAGAAGCCUCAGAUAUUAUUCUAACCGAUGAUAACUUCACAAGCAUUGUCAAAGCAGUAAUGUGGGGCAGAAACGUGUAUGACAGUAUUUCAAAGUUUCUCCAGUUCCAGCUAACUGUCAAUGUUGUGGCAGUGAUUGUGGCAUUCACUGGUGCUUGUAUUACACAGGAUUCUCCUUUGAAGGCUGUGCAGAUGCUUUGGGUAAAUCUAAUCAUGGACACACUUGCAUCACUUGCUUUGGCCACUGAACCUCCCACAGAAGCUCUAUUACUACGGAAGCCUUAUGGCAGAAAUAAACCACUCAUCUCCCGUACCAUGAUGAAAAAUAUAUUUGGUCAUGCCAUCUACCAACUUGUUAUUGUGUUUACACUCUUGUUUGCUGGGGAGAAAAUAUUUGAUAUUGACAGUGGAAGAAAUGCUCCUCUUCAGGCUCCCCCAUCAGAACACUAUACAAUUGUAUUUAAUACAUUUGUUUUGAUGCAAUUGUUUAAUGAAGUGAACGCUCGCAAAAUUCAUGGUGAAAGGAAUGUUUUUAAUGGAAUUUUCAAAAACCCAAUAUUUUGUAGCAUUGUACUGGGAACAUUUUUGGUACAGAUCCUAAUUGUUCAAUUUGGUGGGAAGCCAUUUAGUUGCACUGAACUAUCGAUUGAUCAGUGGUUAUGGUGUGUUUUUCUAGGAAUGGGAACACUUCUCUGGGGACAGAUGAUUGCUACAAUUCCAACAAGUCGAUUAAAGUUCCUUAAAGAAGCUGGCCUUGGCACACAAAAGGAAGAGAUUCCAGAGGAAGAACUGGAAGAGGAUAUUGAAGAAAUUGACCAUGCAGAGAGAGAACUGCGUCAUGGUCAAAUUUUGUGGUUUAGAGGUCUGAACAGAAUACAGACUCAGAUGGAUGUAGUGAAUGCUUUCCAGACUGGAACUUCCUUUCAGGGAGCUCUAAGGCGGCAGCCUUCCAUCGCCAGCCAGCACCACGAUCUCAGAGUGGUGAAUGCAUUCCGUAGUUCUUUGUACGAAGGAUUAGAGAAACCAGAAAGUCGCAGCUCAAUCCACAACUUUAUGACCCAUCCAGAAUUUCGAAUAGACGAUUCUGACACACAGAUCCCUCUUAUUGAUGAUAGUGAUACUGAAGACGGAACACAGAAACAACCUGAUAGCUCUCCUAAAUUAUCUAUCAGCUCUCCUAAAUUAUCUAUCAAUGAAAACAACAAUGCUGUUGACAGUGGGAUCCAUCUUACAAUAGACACAAGCAAGUCUGCUACCUCUUCAACCCCAGGGAGUCCACUACAUAGUCUGGAAACGUCUCUCUAGUGCGAAUUGAAUGUUAAUAUAAACGGUCUAGUGAGUUACAGGAAAAAAAACUGGUUCCUUUUACACUGUGUGAUUGACAAGAUAUUCUUGUCUUGGACUUCAGCAGAAGACACACCGAGAAUGUAGAUACUUUUAAGCUUUCUGCCAGACUAUGGGUGCUUUUGGAAUUCAAGUGACGCACAAACCUGGUAUAAAAAUGACUUGCUUUGAGGAUUUGUUCUGUUACAGAAGGAUAAAAAAAAAAAAAUCAACUUUAAGAAUUGUCCUGAGAGUGUGUUAGCUGAACAUUUAGUUUCUCUUGAUUUCUGGAUGGUGUUUAUUUUGCCCUGGCUCAUUGAAUCUUUAAUUUCUGCUACUUGGCUGUUAAUAUUUUGAAUUAUUUAUGUUCUAAAAUGAUGCAGUUCUGUUUACAAGGUUUGUAGAUACUUUUGUUUCUGUUUGUAGGUAGAAGGCUUCCUGACAUAUGAUGCAGAGAAACUAAUCCUUAAUACUACUGUAUUUUCAGGAAAAGGGUGUUUCUAUUGAAACUGUACUAAAUAUGCCUGUGAUUUACUUUGUUAAAUACUGUAGAUAAGAAAAGCUAAUACUUGUAGCCAAAUAGAUAACACUACUAAAACAAUGCUGAAAUAUUGUAACAGUUAUGGCCCCUUUCCCAGUGCAGCCCCCCAAUAUUUACAAGGAUUUUUCAAUGAUUGUUUCAGAAUCUAGUUUCUCAGUUUUUGAGAAAUUAACUGCAUAAAGAAUCUUUCCUUUCAAAUAAGUAAGGGUGAAAUGUCAAUUGGAAAAAUACAUCCAUGUAUAAUGAGAUGCUUCAGAGUAUUUGUCAGCUCAUCAAAUGGAUUAAAUCAAAUGCAUCAUUA